UGACCUAGUCAACUGUAAGUGAAUGUCAUUUUUACGUUAGUUUUUGUAAAUAUUCGUGGUUAUGGUACAGCAGACGGGUAGAAUUGUUACAAUUAAAGCCUGUCAGCUUUCACUGUCCGUGAUCAGAAGUUAUGCAACAACUACAGAAAGAUUUGUUCCUAAAUACAAAAAUGUCACAAGUAGUGAUGUACAAAUCCUUUCCGAAUUCAUUGACAAAGGACGGAAUAUUCUAGUUAUGACAGGCGCUGGUAUUUCAACAGAAAGUGGUAUUCCGGAUUACAGAUCUCAGGGAGUUGGCCUGUACGCCACGAGCAAAAGCAGACCUGUCAUUUAUCAGGAUUUUGUGAAAAGUGAAAAAGUUCGACAGAGAUACUGGGCCCGAAAUUUCAUAGGCUGGCCUAUGUUUUCAUCAGUUCAACCAAAUAUUUCACACAAAUUUCUAAAGAAAUUAGAGGAUUUGGGCAAAGUUUGCUGGUUAGUGACUCAGAAUGUGGAUGCCCUGCAUUACAAGGCAGGGAGCACUAAACUGACAGAACUGCAUGGCAGCACUCACAGAGUCGCGUGCAUGAGAUGUGACUAUAAAGUACCAAGAAGUGAGUUACAAGUUAUGAUAGAGACACUUAAUCCAACUUGGAGAGCUUUUUCAAAUGAACUAGCGCCAGAUGGUGACAUACAGUUAUCACAGGAGGAAAUAGAAGGGUUUCAGACUCCACUUUGUCCUAAAUGCUCAGGGCCCUUGAAACCAGAGAUCAUCUUCUUUGGAGAUAAUGUUCCAAAGAGUACUGUAAAUUUUGUUUUUGAAAAAGUGCAGGAAUGUGACAAAGUACUAGUCAUUGGAUCAUCAUUAGAGGUAUACUCUGGUUACAGAUUUGCACUGCGGGCAUCGGAAAUGAAAAAACCCAUUUCACUUUUAAACAUUGGACCUAACCGAGCAGAUAAAUUGGCUGACUUGAAAAUAGAUGCCAAGUGUAGUGAUGUGUUAAAACAAGUAACUUUAUCAUGAUUAAGUGCUUAUGUUAGCUGCAAAAAUGUGGCCCUCUCCCAUUUUUUCCAAAAAAUAUAAGAUUAAACAAAUCGGAGAGGGCUACAUUAUUGCAGCUAAGCACUAGUAUGUAUAGAGUUUUGGACCAAAAUCACAUGAUUUUCUGAGACUGCGUGAGAUUUUAUUUAUAUACCCUUGUAAGAAAGAUUGAUUUUAAAUAAAAGUUAUGGAAGAAAA